AUGACUUACUCAACGACAGCUUCGGUACUGGGAGCUGUAUUGUCACUUCUGGUGCUGCUCCUGUCAUUUGCCUUGGUACAGAGCGGUGAAUCGGUGAAGUGGUAUGCGAUAAGCACAUUCACCGUAUCGUUUGUUGCCGAAGUUUUAUUAAUGGCGAGGGAAUUUCUCUAUGAUUCACUUUACGAUGCAUUGAACACAAGAAAUCCAUGCGAUGUUAAGUUAUUUCUGUGGUCAGCAUUUCAUUCCUUUGUGUUACUCAGUUCAGCAAAAUCCGAUGAGCCAAAUAUAUCGCUUGCUUUGCUGACAAGCAGUGAAUAUUGCACGUUAGUUAAUGUCGCUGGCGAGAAACAAAAUGAUCGUUCGGGCAACUCCCAAAGAGGUGCUGUACAUAGAUUGAAUAGGCGGUGGGUACUAACUGGAAGCAUACUGCCCUGGGUCAAAAUGCUCGGAGUAAGUGCAUCCGACAUGUGGAAACAUCCCAUUUCAAUGACUCUAUUGAAAAUCACUAGCGAAGCACACCCGGCGGGCUCGUGA